GGCUCCUUUCCCUUCUGCUUGCUCUCCCAGGGUGCUGGCCUCCCUCCCCAGCUCCACAGGCUCCUUCUGCAUCUGGCAGUUUCGGGACAGGGGCUGGGUGUGCAUCCCCCCUGGGUCUCUGAGCUGUGGCAUCUCAGACAACUCCAGGGGCUUCAGAGUGACCCUCAUCCUCCCCAUCUAGGAGUGCUGGGAAGAUGUGUGCUUGCUCCCCUUGCGCAACAAGCAGUGAUGAGGUGCAUCAUGACAGCAUGAGUCAGGCUGGCGCUGCCAUUGCCUUUGGGGCUGUGGGGAUGGGGACUGUGCUCAUCUGGGUCCUGUCCCAUCCCUGGGUGGCAAGAAUGACCCCAACUGCUUGGAUACUGCAAAGCAAGAUGAGGAGCCCUGCCACGGACCUUCCUCCUGCGAGGAAGAAGAGGCAAUGCUCGGAGCCUCUCAUGGAGCCCAAGUCCCUCAUCCUGCUGGUGCAUAGCCCCUGCCCUUGCCCCUGCCAGACUCGAGCAGGGGGAAAGGGCAGAGCCUGCCCAGGGCAGAGGGCAAGCAGCCGCAGUCAGGAGGUAACUUGCUGCAGUGUAGAGCAGUGGGAGCAGAGUGACCCAGCUGUGGACAGCUCAGUGGAGGUGUGGGUUUCCCCUCCGGCAGAGCUACAACAGCCUGGGGCUGCAGCAUACAAAUCCUGAUGCAGUGGCCCGUGGAGAUCAUCCCUCUGCCCUGUGUGGCAGGGCUGGACAUGGGCUCCACCUGCCAAACCCAGCCGGAGCCUGCCCUGCUCCCUGCUUCACCCGCUGCCGGCGAGGCAGCCUGGCUCCCAACAGCAAUAUUUCCUGCCAGGCUAGGUUACCCCAAUGGCACCACAGCGAGCGGCAGACACUGUGCCCUGUCUUUGCUACUGUUAAAUGGCUACCAGGAAGCCCAGCUGCUUGCUGCCCCAGGAGGGGCUCUCAGCCUUGGGAGUGGGUGUAUUUCCCUGCCGAGCAACCCAAGCUCCAUGGCACAUUCCUGCAGAACUGGUAAUAAGGUGGGGACAUGUUGUGCUGGGCUCACAGGGGAAAGCUACAGAGUUCAUUUUGUAUUUCUUUCCUGCAAUAAGCAAAAAGAAAUUGUGCAGAGGGUGUAAGAUGAGUAGAGGGAAACUCACAGACAGUAAUGCUUUAGAUCAUCAGCUGCUCUGGCUUGAAAGGAACUUCAUGUCCUUCCAGAGACCCAUCCUGGCACUCUAGGAGACAUCCUGGUGACAAGGACUGGCAGGGAUCACACUCACCCAUGUGCUGGUCCCACACACUGCAUGCACCGCACAACUCUAAGCCUGGUGGCAACGGCUGGUGCUUUCACAAGCUCCGUGUCGGUAUUUCAUCUCGUCCUUGUUCCCUGCUCUUGUUGCUGAACAGGGCAGUGGAUGGUGCAUGUCGACUAAAAUGCUGCUCCUCUCUUUGCACCCCAUGGAGAGCUUUUCUCCACUAAUACAGUGUGGUUUUGCUCUUGGAAAGAGAUCUCUGGAUAUUUGCUUAUACUACUACAUUUUCAAAACCAAGAGAGUUUCUGAUACCUGCAAAAUUUGUAUGUGGUCACCAAAAGUGGGUACGUUGCUAAUGGGCUCCAUCUCAGAAGGAAAUGACCCCAAGGACACACGCCAGAGGCAGAGGGUGCAUACAAGGAGACAGGGUGUGUCUUUCACGGCAGCAUGCGCUUGCCAUGGAAGUGUGGUGGGGUGCCAGAACCAAGGGGAACAACCCGCUGCCUACUGACCAGCUUGCGUCCAGCUUGCAUACAGUUAUCCCCAGAAAACAUCAUUUGGAAGAGCUGCUCCAGGAUCCAGCAUCCUGAUAGAACAACCUGAAAGACUGUUAGUUCCCCAGCAUCGCAUGGGAAUCAGUUCUAGUGAAAGAAGCUUAUUUAUUUUGUUAUUAGAUUGCAAGUUUGGUGGAUAAAAGUAAAGGCAUAUUCAAGAUUUUUCUUUUUUAGCUUGGCCUUGCAGGGCAUUCAGUGUCGUCAGACUUUGUGUGCAUCCUCCAGGCUGGAAGAGUGGUAAAUAACACUGAGGACAGGGCAGUCAAAAACUGCCAGGACCACUUAAUAAGCCAGGCCACUGCAAAUGAACGCAUCUUAAUACCGGAUUCAGUUAUGGAGAGCAGGGGAACAGGGUCCCCAGGCUGGAAGGGACGCGAGCGGGAGGAGUGCUGGCUGCGGGCGCUGCACGGGGUCAACUGGACCCGCCAAUGCAAAACAGACAUGAGGCAGUUUGGGAGGGAGGGCAGGACUACACUCACCCUUUCUCUGUUGCCUUGGUACUGGGAGUGCUGAAUCUGCAUCCGCUUCUACUUUUCAUGCUUUAAAUGCAACAGCUGAAGAUGGAGAUGAUGAGGAAGGGAACUCCCCAACUAAUUGAGAGGAGGACAAGUGCAAGCCUGGCAAGAGGCUGAUCUACAUGACCAAUGGGUUGUUCUGGGCAUUUUUGUGAAUCUCAAUAGCUUGAGGCCUAACCUGAGCAUUUGAGGCAAAGCUGGAAAAUAAGUAAAUCUGGAGAGCGGUGAGGAGGCACCGGCCCACACAGAUGUGGUCGGAUCCCAGCUCAGGGCAGUUAGAGGUGUCACGACCCCAGUGGGAGUGCUUAAAUCAGAAAGCAAGGCUGUGUCACUACUAGAGCUUCCGCCCAUCAGGUCUCAUGUCUUUCACCACUGAACUUAGUAUGUUUUUGUUGUUUGGUUCUCUGGGUUUUAUGAAAGACCUUUUUUUGCUGCACUUCAGUGAUGUGUGUGUGCCCCAUCAGUGGCAGGGCUGAGCAGAGGAAGGGUGAAAAUUUCUGAUGAGAGCUCCUCCCCAGUCCAAAGCUUCCUGGGCUUUAAUUUCCUCUAAGAACUUGGCUGCGGCAGGACAACAAGCUUUGUUUGGCCACUGCCUUUGCAAGUGCUGCCCUUCCCUCUGUGACCAGACAUCCUCACUGGCUGCUCUUCCAAAGGCAGGGACUGGCUGCCAGCCAACCUCAGGAGCAUGCUUUGUUUUUAAUUUAAGCUCCCAGCAGCAGUCUUGCAGGCAUAACUGGUGCUCUGUCCAGCCCAUGAAGGGUCGGGUUCUUGGUCCAUCACUGAUGGGGAAGGGGGAAGGAGGGACGAUGGCAGAUGGCGGAGGGAAGGAGACAGCUGCAGCCUCCAUCCCAGCACAGAUCUGUAGCAUCACCACAGGAGCCUCAUCUCACCCUUCCAGGUCACCCCGGCAUGGCUUGACAGAGCCAGCACCAGACUGUUUCCCUGGUCCCCUGCCCCACACAGCCAGCCCCUUGGUGCAGCCCUCCCUGAAGAAGAGCUGGGCUGGGCAAAGAAGCCCAGAUCAGUGCUAGGGCUUUGCCUGCCCCCAGCUGGGGACAUUCAGCCACUGGUAGGGACAGAGGGUGGGUUCUGGCACUGUGCCAGCUGGCCCAAUGCUGCAUAGCCCAUUGCCUCAAGGUGCCUGAGGACAGGCAAUCCAAAAGUCAGCAUCUUGGCAGAGCAGUUCUGCUUGGCCCUCCAUCAGUGCCCCAUCUCCUCAGCUGAUGAGGACGUUGCUGUGUCCUGGCUCAGAGCCAGGGCUCACCAGUCCAACAGCAAAAGCAUGACUUGAAGGUGUCCCAGGGUCCAUGCCAGCUGAGAAGUUUGGCUGGUGCUCUCAGUUAGUGUGGCCCAGGGGAUGCAACCCUCAGCCUGUCCCUGGUGACUCUCCCAAGACAUGAGACUACACCAUGGGGGGUCUCCGGUGCUCCUCACAGCAUGGACAUGCCAAGGCCUACCACGGGCUGUUACAGCAUUUCAUGAGAAGAGUUAGGAGAGCCAGACUUCCCAGGGGAGCACCAAUGUGGACUGGCCUCUUCUGCUUCUGCUUGGGACCAUGCUGUUCCACAGCAGCCUUGUUGCAGGCUCAGGCACCUCUUGGUGCUGGUGAUGGACUUUGUGGCUCCAUUCCUAUGUGUUUCAUACUGAACCCAGGCACCAGUUUCAGUUCCUGCAGGUGUCUGCAGGUGUGAGGUUUGUGCAGGACAUGGUGCAGGUGCUCCCAGAUCGCAUCUGCACUGUGUGCAGGUGUAAGAGCAGUGUCUUCAGGGAGGGCAGGUUAACCAUCAGCUUAGCAGGGACCAUGUGUGCAGCUUUGCUUGUCACUGGUGUCUCGCUGAGCACCCCACCAAUUUGCAUCAUUGUGAUGAGUGGUCUUCAGGCUGCCACAAAUAAUGGUGGUCAUGAUGUGAAGGUGAAUGGGCCAGGCAAAGACCUGCCACGCUGUGGUGUCUCAGUGUCCGCUGAAGGUCCCUGAGAUAAAGGGUCUUGGGAUGGCUGGAUUCCUGGGUCUGUUUAGCCCCAACACAAGCUAGGGAAUGAGUCUGUCCAUGGGAUAUAUGAGUGUCCCAGCACUUCCUUUCCUUGAAGUUUUUAAGUGAAAGCUCUUCUGGCUUCUGCCAUUCAUCUGUUUGGAAGAAGGAUGCUCAAAUGCUGUCUAAUCCCAAAUCUACCUACGGACAUGGAGUGGAUUCUUAUUCUGCCAUUAGAGGACAAUACCAAGUCUGCCCUCUUUCAGGAUCAUCAGGAGCAGAGAUACUUUAAGAAAACAGCCUUAAGGACAUGCUGGAUCUUUGCUGUGGUUAAUUGCCUUUCCUCUUCAGUUUAUUGUAUUUCUCAAUUCCUUUGAUGACACACAUUUCCUCUUCUGUAGUGACUCCGCAGUCAUGCUGCAGUUGCUCCCAUUCUAGCAUCCUGCUCUUGAGAGCUGCCUGUGUGGAGACCUUCCAGGCCCAGGUCAGAGAAAACACUUGAAAGAAGACUGAGCACCCUCACUGAAACAUCCACCACUGCUCUACUAAAGCUGAAGAUGGACAUACUGUGCUGAAUCCUUUUGACAGUGGUAGGAAGAAAAGCCACAGCAGGAAAUUCUGCUUCAGACGGGCACCACUCAGCACCACGAUGUCUGGAAAGGAUAAAGGCCAUGCCGACUCCUACAUUUCAUGCCACAUAGACUCUGAAUUUCGCUACAACCUCUUCACUGUUUUCUACAGCAUCAUUUUUGUUCUGGGCUUUGUUGCCAACUGCUACGUGCUCUGGAUUUUCAGCCGUAUUUACCCCACCAAGAAACUCAAUGAGAUCAAGAUAUUCAUGGUUAACCUCACAGUAGCUGACUUGCUCUUCUUGGUUACGAUGCCCAUGUGGAUUGUGUACUAUAACAACCACGGAAACUGGAUCAUGCCCGAGUUCCUCUGUAAUGUGGCUGGCUGUUUAUUUUUUGUUAACACCUACUCUUCUGUUGCCUUUCUGAUGGUUAUCACAUACAACCGUUACCAAGCUGUGACUAAUCCCAUUAAAGCUGCUCAGUUUACCACCCAGAAAAGGGGUAUCUACUUAUCAGCAGCUAUCUGGAUCGUAAUAGUGGGCAGCUCUUUGUAUUACCUUUCUGACAAUAAUACUAACCAGGAGACGAUUGAUUCGAAGAAUUUCACACGGUGCUUUGAGGGCUAUAACCUCACCGCUUCUAGCAGUGUUUCAGCUGUUCUUGCCAUUCACAUCAUCAUCUGCAUCCUCUUCUACAUAAUUUUCCUUUUUAUACUAGGCUGGAACAUCAUCAUUAUCAGGACCUUGUUCUCCAAAACAGUGCAUCCCCGGAAGAAGGCUCAUGUCAAGCAAAGGGCGCUCUGGAUGGUUUGCACAGUGCUGGCCGUGUUCAUUGUAAGCUUUGUACCUCAUCACUUAGUGCACCUGCCCUGGACCCUGACUGUUCUGGAGCAGUGGCAGAGGGAAAACUGCCAGUUGCGCCAACAACUCAAUGAUGCUCACCAGGUGACUUUGUGCCUCUUGAGUAUGAACUGUGUGUUGGACCCAAUCAUCUACUGCUUCCUCACCAAGAAGUUCCAGAAGCAUCUUUCAGAAAACCUGAAAAGCAUGAAAGGGAGUCGCAAGUGCUCCAGGCAAACCAUGGACACAGUGAUUGAGGGCACCAUUCACCAAGAGGAAGCCAUCAGGAUCUAGGUCAGCUCUGUUCUGACUGCAGACUGAGAUGUGUGAAUUAGUCACUCACCUUUUCUCAAGAGUCACUAGGGAAUAGAACAGAGGACCAGGGUAUUACAUUUCCUUUUUCCCAUUAGAAAGAAGAAUGGAUGCUCAUUUCUUCUAUUACAUGCAACUGGCAUAGCUGGAACCUGUAAUAAUCUGGCAGAAAAGCACCUUCUAUCUGGGCUGAUGUUCUCAUGGGCACUGAGAACAGCUCAGACGAUUUGCUUUUACAUGAAAGAAAUGUCACCAAGCAUCUGCAGCGUGCAGCUAGAAGCUAAGUGCACUGAAGUUACCCAUGGUGUCAGCCCAGAUAGCACCAUGCCCUGUCCUCUGCCUGCACAGCUCCCAUGAAGAAUCCAGUAUCAGAGCUGUAAGAGACUUCUAAAAGAUCUGGAAGAAGAGAUGGAGUUGCUAGCAUCAUCAAGUGACUUUUCUAAGAAGCUUGCACGGUUCUGUGAAGAGUUUGAGCUGAGGAAGCUCGAGUGGCUAGAAGGGACACAGUCCCACAAGUUCCUCAAAUGCCAUUGAAGAAGAGAUCUGCACCUCUGAUCCCUUCUUACCUACUCGCGUGGUCUGCUGUGGUCCAUACUUGACAGAUGUCUGGGAGUAGCUAUUACGAAUUUUUGCCGUUGCUGUUGAAUGAAAUUUCACUCAAAUGAAAAUUCAACACUCUUGAAUCAGUCAAGUAACUGAACUAGUAGGCAAGAAAAGGAAGAGAAAUUGGCAGUGCCUGAGCCCCCAUCCCCAGGUCAGCAUUAUGCUCAAGGGGCACUAUUGUCUGCCCUGGCUUCUUGCAUGGUAGCAGAACUGGCAAGCCAGUGGCCUCUUGCACUCAGUUUAGUAAUUUCUUGCUGACUGCACACAUCUGUGGGAAUCCAAUCUUACUUUGGAGGCUCCAGAUAACAGAUUAGUGUCAGCAUGGGCAUUAUGGUAAGAAGAAAAAAAGCUUAAAACGCUCCAGUAUUUCUGUUUCUAUUUAUUUAAGUUAGGGUUGUAGAAAGCAACUGUACAUUAUUCCUUCCCCCAGCCUUUCUAUUUCUGCUACAAAGAAAUGAAGUUGACUAGUUCUUGGUAUCCUACCACAAGUGAAGUAUUAGGUCAGGUCAUGGCCACUUCUGGAGCAGAUCUGUGCUGCACAGCGAUGCAGUACACUUGACAGACAUAAUUCAUGCACUCUGCCAAGGCUGGAGACUCCUCACUCGGGGCUGGCUGCAGUCAGCUGGGGCCCAGGGCAAAGUGAUUUUCCAGGCAUGCCAAGUUCCGUUACCAAUUGAGGUUCCUUUUCUGACCCAAAUUGCUCAAUCCAGCACAGGAAAUUGGGUGGGGAACUUACUUGUUUUCACAAGAGUUUUUGGUUCCCUAAACUACAUAGGAGAGUCUGGCUGAUGUCAGGAAAAGUGUAUCUGACCUGUGACACUGAUUGUUCAUGUGCAAGGACAGCAGCCUUCCCACACCCACCAGAGACUGAGAAAGAUAAGCCCAAGUCUUUCCAAAGAUAGGACCAACAUUUCUAUCAGGCUUUGCCUAUAUUCAGCAGACAUACGGGUCCUUCAGAUCUAUCUCCUGAAGAUCCUCAGGCAGCUUUUAUGCUUACUUGUGUGAAUGAGCAAGACGUUUCUUUUUCUAAUGCCAUCUGCCAGGGCCAGCCAGGCACUCCAGGCCCAGUGCCAGGCAGAGGAAAGAAACUGAUCACAAUGUGAAUGCAUUUCCUUCCUGGUCCUGGACUCUGCUCCAGUAAUGGCCACCCAUAAAAAAAACCCACGGGCACCCCUUAGCAGAGAGAUAAUUCCCCGACUAUGUCCCUCAGCAACGUUCAAAGCUUUGCCCUGAAUCUGCAGGCAUCUGAGCCACAGCACACAACAAGGUGGGCAAUUUCUGUAAUUUAAAAGCCUAAAUCCCGCUUGCUGGAGGAAUCUGCCUCUGCCCUCCCCAGAUGGCACAUCCUGGCUGAGGAGCUCUUGCUCCUGGCAGGUGGUGCGGAGCUUUCCUCUUUUCCCCUUGCCACUUGAUGCAAUAGUGGAGCUCUCUUGCGUCACAGCCCCUAAAGGACUGAACAGAUGGAGUUUAGCAACUCUUAGAGGAAAUGGAAAGGGAUUUUACAUGGAGAUCUGGUAAACGCAUGAUCUUCUAUCGAUUCCUGGAAAGCCUGCAACAGAGUUUACAGGUCAGGCUACUUACUGUGGGUGAAUAACAUGCUUUGCUCCACGGGAAACAGCUGUAGAGCCAGUGUGGGCUCUGAGAACAACUUGCAUCUAAGGAAAAGGGUAAGUGGAGGAAAAAGCCCCGCAGACACUUCAGGAGGAUACGCUGCAGUAAUUAAGUCAGUAACAACACAUUUCUGAAAACCAGCCUGAGCUUCUACUUCUUUUCCUGGAAUUACUUUCUCGGUUUUACCACAACGUUGCAUUACUCUGCUUUACUUUGCAACAAAACGGAUCCUCAAAAGUUCUUUUUAAUAAAGUGUGUUCCCCAAGUGCUUUGCCCUUUAACUUCCCCCACCUUCUCAUCUUUCUGUGUCUGUACUCAAGGGAAAGCCUCGGUACCACUCUGACACAGCCCGAUUUCGGUGGGGCCUUUUUUUAGAAUCACCGCGUGAACUCAUGGGAGAGGUGAAUUCAACGGCUCAGCAAGUUUCGACCCGCUAAAAGGGAAGGGGAAAGACAUAACUCCGGAAAGGGAACAACUUCUGAAAAAUCUGGCCGAGCUCUGCAAACCCCAACCGGACAAAAACCCCC